AUGGAUUUGGUGAAUCAAAUCCACGGUUUAAUAACGAACCGUGUUAACUUACCAUAACAACAACUCAAUUCCUAUCGAAUUCCUUCCUAUCGAAUUCCUAUAGUAAAAUUCCUAUAGGAUAGAACGUACACAGGGUGUACACAUUAUAUAUGAAUGAAACAUAUUCAUUAACUUAAGCAUACUCCUUUUUUUAUUUAAUGAGUUGAUAUUAAUUAAAUAUCUUUUUUUUUAGAUUUUUGCAAAGGUUUCAUUUACGCCUAAUCCAUAUCGAGUAGACCCUGUCGUUGUGAGAAUUCUUAAUUCAUGAGUUGUAGGGAGGGACUUAUGUCACCACAAACAGAAACUAAAGCAAGUGUUGGAUUUAAAGCUGGUGUUAAGGAUUAUAAAUUGACUUACUACACCCCGGAGUACGAAACCAAGGAUACUGAUAUCUUGGCAGCAUUCCGAGUAACUCCUCAGCUCGGGGUUCCGCCUGAAGAAGCAGGAGCUGCAGUAGCUGCGGAAUCUUCUACUGGUACAUGGACAACUGUUUGGACUGAUGGACUUACCAGUCUUGAUCGUUACAAAGGACGAUGCUAUCACAUCGAGCCCGUUCCUGGGGACCCAGAUCAAUAUAUCUGUUAUGUAGCUUAUCCAUUAGACCUAUUUGAAGAGGGUUCUGUUACUAACAUGUUUACUUCCAUUGUGGGUAACGUAUUUGGUUUCAAAGCCUUACGCGCUCUACGUUUGGAGGAUCUACGAAUUCCCCCUGCUUAUUCAAAAACUUUCCAAGGUCCGCCUCACGGUAUCCAAGUUGAAAGGGAUAAGUUGAACAAGUACGGUCGUCCUUUAUUGGGAUGUACUAUUAAACCAAAAUUGGGAUUAUCCGCAAAAAAUUACGGUAGAGCGUGUUAUGAGUGUCUACGCGGUGGACUUGAUUUUACCAAAGAUGAUGAAAACGUAAACUCACAACCAUUUAUGCGCUGGAGAGACCGUUUUGUCUUUUGUGCCGAAGCAAUUUAUAAAGCACAAGCCGAAACUGGUGAAAUCAAGGGGCAUUACUUGAAUGCGACUGCAGGUACAUGCGAAGAAAUGAUUAAGAGAGCUGUAUUUGCAAGGGAAUUAGGGGUUCCUAUUGUAAUGCAUGACUACUUAACAGGAGGAUUCACCGCAAAUACUACUUUGUCUCAUUAUUGCCGCGACAACGGCCUACUUCUUCACAUUCACCGAGCAAUGCAUGCAGUUAUUGAUAGACAGAAAAAUCAUGGUAUGCAUUUCCGUGUAUUAGCUAAAGCAUUGCGUAUGUCGGGGGAGAUCAUAUCCACUCCGGUACAGUAGUAGGUAAGUUAGAAGGGGAACGCGAAAUAACUUUAGGUUUUGUUGAUUUAUUGCGCGAUGAUUUUAU